AUGGAGCGCCACGGAGCGGAAGAAGCGAUCAUUGACAUUGAAUGCCAUCUUCAAGGGCAAGAACGCAAAGAUAGCGAUAAAGAGCAACAAGUCACGAAAAGCAACGGCAAAAUAACAGCUGGUAGUUAUCGUGCCCAAGUGCCCGACGGUCGCAUCCAGAUCGUCACGUACACAUCCAAUAGUUACGGCUACACAGCCCGCUGCCUCCGUUUAUUGUGUUCCAGCCCAGAAGACUCCCGUAACCGUUUCCCCAGCUCCUCAAUAUAUAAAACCCCCACUACCCCUGUCCCCGUUCAACCCGCUCCAAUCUACAAAACUCCUGCCACCGUUUACCCUACACCAGCCUACGAAACUCCCCUAUUCCAGACCUCCGGCCACCAGCGCUCCGGCCUGCAACAUCCCAGUGCACGCGGAUCGUAA